GGAUUACAGACAUGAGCCACCAUGCCCAGUCUGACUUACCGUCUUCACAGACUGGUUUUGGCUCAUUGGCUGGAGCCUGGUUGCCUGUCUCCCCAGGGCUCUCCCUAUGUGGGUGAACUGAAGGAAAUCACACUUCUUAUUUUUUUCUCUCAAGCGUGUUGGACCAGCUGGAAUUUGUCUUUCUCUCUGAAGUGUGUUUCUUUCUCCAGUCAAGAGAGCCUGAGUUUCUAGCCAUAGUGUGUAGCAUGAAGCAUAUAACUUUGAUCAGGGUUUGUUUCUGUCACAUAAAGGGAGAUUUUGUUCUGCUAAAAGUUGAGGACAUGUAAUUAUUACUUUUGUGAAUCUCUGCUGCGUUUUUGAUCAGAGACCUAAGGAGGGGACACUACAAAGAAAUGAAAACACAGUUUUUGUGCAAAAUGGUGACUCCUGUGUGUGUCUGUGCUGGGGUGGGGAUGGGACUGGUGGUGUGCUUGCUGAAUGUAAAUGCCAGGCUGUGUUUCCCUCAACACUUCCCAGAUACAUUUUCAAGCAUUUCGUCUCUCAUUGUGUCCUAAACCUUGACCGAAACCCACAAAGUAUUAGAAUCUCCCUUCAGGAGAUGAGUUUUAAAACCUCCUUUCUGAAUAUAAUUCUGACAUGCGUGGAAAGGACAGGAAGCAUGAAAGUUUAGCCUGAACUCUACUUCCUAGGACUGAACCCACGCCAAAGGCCCAAAGGCAUUAUUUCUUUUGUCAUUAUUUCUUUUGUCAUUAUUAUCCUUUCCAGAUAACAUCCUUAUGAGUAUCUAAAAUUACAUUGUAAGCUGCAGGUAAGGCAAGCUCUCUCUUUCUUUGCCCAAUAUUUUUAUUGCACUUUGUAGUCACCAUUUCAGCAUCCAUCACCACUCACGGUGCCAUUUCACUUCAGCAUACCUGGUACUACAGGUGGCACUUGGAGAUUCAAGAGAUCACAGACUCUGCCCAGGGGCAUGAACACUCUCAAGGAGGGCAGCAAGAAAGGAAAGUAUUUGCAACAGUGAUUUCCUGUAUGUCUCAAAGGCUGUGGCACAACUACUGCAUACAGUGAAAACUCGGCUGAUUUUUCUUUUCUUGCAGUGCAGAUGAGAUAAUUUAAAGAUGUGAAGAUACAAAGGCAUCUGCUGCUUCAGAUGACUCAGAGAUGGAACCAUGAGGUCAUUCCCCAGGGAGGGAGAAGCCAGAGGAGCUUCUGAAGUUGGAGGCCGGAAAGUCUUUGUAUGGUUCUUCCAUCUGUAAUAUCAAAGACAAGAAGUCUUCGUAGAGGAUAAGCUGACAUUUCAAGAAGGCAUGGAUGGAUCUAAUGAAAAUGAGCUUCCAGAGUAAAAAGAAAUAAGAAGUGAGAGCAGCCAGCACAUAACCCACUGUCUUCAAUGCUUUCCAGGAACUCCACCAGUGGCGAGAGAUAUUGAUGACAAACUUGGUGAUGGCUGUGAACCCUUUAUUGACACCAACAGGGCAGCAGACGAUCCCACUGAUUCCCUCACCAUUUGGGCCUCCAACUGUGGACAGAGAUGUAUUGCCUUCCACUGUAGCUCCAACUGACCCAAGACAGUUUUGCGUUCCUUCCCAAUUUGGAUCCACUGUUCUACCAAACACAAAUAUGCCAAAUGUGUUGUCCAGUCGGAUCUACCCAGGUUGGGGCAUUUUACCACCUGAAUCCAUAAAGGCAGUGGCCAGAAGGAAUGAAAUGAUUCAAAGGCAUCAUACUGCCAGGACAGAAAUGGAAAUGUAUGCUAUUUACCAGCAAAGGAGAAUGGAAAAAAUUAAUCCCAAGGGACUAGCAGGCCUAGGGAUACCCUUCCUCUAUGGCUCCGGUGUCCCAGCUGCCCCCACUCCCUACCAUGGCAGGAGCAUGCUCCCUGCCGGUGACCUGCAUUUUCACAGAAGCACCCUCAGGAACCUUCAGGGAAACCCCACGCUAGUGGCAACCGCACCACACUUUGAGGAGAGCUGGGGACAGAGAUGUCGUCGACUCAAGAAAAGUACAGGGAAUCAAAAAGCUCCAGACAGUGAUGCUGAGAGUUCCAAAAGUCAAGCAGAGGAAAAAAUCCUAGGUCAGACUCAUGCAGUUCCCUAUGAAGAGGAUCAUUAUGCAAAAGACCCAGAAAUUGAGGCAUCCAGCAACCAGAAGUCAAGUGAAGCGAAUGAAACACCAACAACAGCUCUUGACAACACCUGUGGAGAGCCUGAGCCCACCCAUAGGAAACCCUGGGGGUCUCACACGGUUACGCUGAAAGCAAAGACGUGGGACGAUGGGAAAGAGGAGGCUUCAGAGCAGAUCUUUGCAACCUGUGAUGAAAAGAAUGGGGUUUGCCCUCCAGUUCCUCGACCGUCUCUGCCAGGAACACAUGCAUUGGUUACAAUUGGGGGGAAUUCUUCUUUGGAUGAAGAUAUUCAGAAGUGGACCGUGGAUGAUGUGCACAGCUUCAUUAGCAGCCUUCCAGGUUGUUCAGACUACGCUCAGGUAUUUAAAGAUCAUGCAAUUGAUGGAGAAACUUUGCCAUUACUCACAGAAGAGCAUCUUCGAGGAACUAUGGGAUUAAAGCUAGGGCCAGCACUAAAAAUUCAAUCACAGGUCUCUCAGCAUGUGGGAAGUAUGUUCUACAAGAAAACUCUCUCGUUUCCUAUAAGACAAGCAUUUGAUCAACCAGCAGAUACAUCCCCUCUUUUGGAUUCUAAUUCCUGGAGUGAUACAAUGAGCAUUUUUUGUCCCCAGGAUACAAUAAUUCUAAAGGAAUUGAGCGAGAUAGUAUGAGAAACUAAAAGCUCUCAAGGAGGAAGAAUAGUCUUAGCCAGUUUUCCAACAAGCCUAGGAUAUUACAAGGGAUGUGUGAGGAUUUCCCAGGAAUGGAUGGAGAAUGAGGAGAGAAACUCAGCCUUCCUGGAGCUGUCACGGAGGAGACUUGCCCAAGGGGCCUCCCUGUCAGGGCUGAAUGAUUCCAGCACCAAAUGACUGGAGAUGCAUCCUUAGGAGCAAAUGCUAAUGAAGGGGAGAUUUGCAAACAUCAAGAAAGCUGCAGAUGGAUGUUUCCCUGAAGAAAUCUCUGAAGAAACCAAAAGAGCUGAAACUGAAAAAAGAGCUUCCUCCCUUUCUUCACUCAUUUUCCAUUCCCAAACCCUGAGAGAGAUAAAGGCAACCACAAAGAGGCAGAAGAUAACAGGGAGAAGUACGGAACAGAAAUGGAGAAGCUGACCACGGCUCCAACUUUUCUCAAUCCAGAUUUCUAGCCUGAAGCAGGCACAAGCUAGGGAAGGGGAGAAGCUUUAACCUCAUAUUUUCGAGUUUUGGCCAGGUGUAGUGGCUCACGCCUGUAGUCCCAUCACUUUGGGAGGCCAAGGCGGGCAGAUCAUGAGGUCAGAAGAUCAAGACCAGCUUGGCCAACAAGGUGAAACCCCAUCUCUACUAAAAA